AUACUAUCUACCCAACAAACAUAUAAUAGCUGGUCAAGCUAAAUACUGAGUACUGCAGCUGAUUAGUAGUCGCAUAAAAGUGACAAAGGCUGUUUAAGCUAUUUUGCUGUUUAAUAUGUCGAACAAACACUGCUUCAGAUUAUUUGUAAGCCCUUUUGCAGCCAAUUGACUUAAGCUGAAUAUUAGACUGGAGAAGCGCUAUUUAAGGCACUUUGUAUUAUAGUAUUCAGCAUAUCUUAUUCAGCUGAAUGCUAAGCUGAACUAGCGCUGCUGCAGAAUUUUUGUCUACUUUUGAUCAACAAUGUAAAAAAAACUGAACAAGAGGCUGGGGAAGCGCUAUUUAAGUCAGUUCAUAAUACAUUAUUCAACCUUCUCUAUUCAGUUAUAUUCUGGGCUGAAAUAGUGCUUGUCCAGAACUUUUGUAAGUACUUUUAAUCAGCAACUUUAUAAAAGCUGAUAUAAAGCUGAAAAGGAGCUUUAAUUUAAUUAAAUCGUUCAUAUUCGUUGCAAAAGGUGUAUACUUAAGUUCGAUGAAAAAUGGCUUCUGCAGCUGAUGAUUAUUAAGUAUUAUACAAUUGCUUAUAUUUGCUAUAUAAUUUUAAUUAUUUAGAUAAAAGAUAUACACUGUGCUUUACUUAAUAUUUAAAAAAUAUGGAUAAAAAAUCAAUUCAAAAUUUUAAAAAAAUAAAAAAAUCUGGCCAUUAUUACCGAAAAUUAAAGGUAAACCGUUCAAAUUAUGAAGAGUUUUUAAAAAAUCUAUAUGCACCAAGUAGUGUUUCUUCUCAUUCAAAAGCUAACGACACAGCAUCAGGAUCAGGUAAUUUUGUUUUAAUUUUGUGAGUAUAUUUUAAAUAAAAAAUAAUUUGUUACAUAGGUUCUAAAGAACAGGAGUGUAUUUCUAGCACAUCAAGUGAUCUUGACGAUAAUCUAAUGGAAACCAGUGAAACAUCAGAUGAUGGUGACCAGUUUAUUGAUGAAGACAUUUUUAAAACAGAAGAUACUGAAACGCAAUUAUUGCCUUGUUCAAGUACCGAAUUAGGAAAUUGGGCAAUCCGACAUAAUAUUACACAUGCAGCUCUAAAAGAUCUCCUACAAAUAAUCAAGAGACAGUAUGAUUCUAGUUUAUUUAUCGAUGCUAGAACAUUAUUAAAAACGCCAAAAAAUACGAAAAAAAGUUGUAAAGUUAUACAGGGUGGAGAAUAUUGGCAUCAAGGUCUUGACGUUUGUCUAACGAACACUUUUAAAAACUUGUCAAAAGACAUGUUAAUACAGCUCAAUGUAAAUAUAGAUGGGUUGCCAAUAUAUAAAAGUUCCAAACGUCAGUUUUGGCCAAUUUUAUGUAGCAUAUAUGAAAUGCCUGAUAUACAACCUAUGAUUGUUGGCAUUUUCCAUGGAAAUAACAAGCCUCUAGAUAUAAAUGAAUUUUUGGAGCCUUUUGUUGAGGAUGUUAAGCGGCUGCAAUCAAAUGGACUCUGUGUUAAUGGGCAUAUGAUUCACAUAAAAAUUAGAUGCUUUAUCUGCGAUUCACCUGCACGGGCAUUUAUUAAAGGUGUAGUCAAUUUCAAUGGGAUUAAUGGAUGCCUUAAAUGCACUACUGAAGGCGAAUAUUCUUAUCUUUCUCGAACUGUUGUAUUUCCUGAUAUAAAAUGUCCUCUUAGAACUGAUGCAAAAUUCAGAAGUAAACAUUAUGGUAAGCACCAUAAAGGGCAAGAGUCACCAAUUUUGAAAAUUUCCGAAGUUGACAUGGUGCAGGAUUUUAUAGUAGCAGAUGAACUACAUCUUUUAGAGCUAGGUGUGAUGAAGCGUUGUCUAACAGGAUGGAAAGAUGGUUCUAUGGGUUUCUCAAGUAAGCUAUGUGCUCGUGAUAUUGAGAGGAUCUCCAAACAUUUAAUAUCUGUGAAACUUCCAUCUGAAAUUCAUCGUUCCACAAGAGGAUUAGAUUGCCUGGCAUACUGGAAAGGAGUAGAAUGGCGCAAUUUUCUUAAUUAUAUUGGAUUUGUUAUUUUAAAAGAUGUGUUGAACACUGACGUUUAUAAACAUUUUUUACUUCUUUUUGUUGCUGUUAGAAUAUGUUCUUCUGACAUGUAUGCUGAAAAUCGUUCGGUUGCCCAAUUAAUGUUUGAAAAAUAUAUAGAUGAUUUUAAGAUUAUUUAUGGCGUACAAUUUAUUACAAGCAACAUUCAUAACUUAGAACAUGUGGUUGAUGAUGUUAAUAGAUUUGGACAACUUUUUACAAUAUCUACGUACCCAUUUGAGAAUACAUUAUUUCAACUAAAAAAAUUAUUGCGCCAAGGAAAUAACAGUUUGCAGCAAAUUGUUAAUAGAAUUGGCGAAAGAAAUUUAAUAUUGAGCAAUGAUACAAAAAAGACAAGUUUACAGCCAGAAAUUAAGAAAAGGGGGAAUGUUAUCAAGUGCUACAUUUAUUCUCAUAAUUUUUGUUUAAGUAAUGUUUUCAAAAAUUCAUGGUUUUUAACAAAUGACAAUGACAUUGUUCAAAUGAAUUCUGCAUCAGAAAAAGGUGGUAAAAUAUUCAUACAUGGAAAAUCUGUUAAGAAAAAAGAAGAUUUCUUUAGUUAUCCCAUUCGAUCAUCAAAUUUACACAUAUAUAUUUGCAACAUUACAAAUUUAAAUAAUAUGAAACUUUAUUUGCUAGAGAAUGUUGUUUGUAAAAUGGUUGUUAUAAAAUACAAUGAAAGUAAAAUUGUUUUUAUUCCUCUUCUACACACUAUUAAAAAUAAACAAAACUUGAAUGUAAAUUAAAAAGUUUUUUUAAUAAAAAUGUUCUUUUAGUCCGUGUCUGUAUCAUUAUUAUCUUCCUCUUCAACCUCGUCAUGUUCUAUUAUAGCAUCUUCACCGUCAGCUUCAUAUUUUUCCAUACCAUAUUCAUCGUUAUCUUCAUCAUAUUCUUUUUCUUCAUUAAAUGAUUGCUCAUUUUCAUAAAAAAUUUCAUUUUCGCCUGAAAUAAUAAUUUUUAUGUUAUACAUUUUUUUAAUAUAGGUACCUUUACCUUGUCUUUGAGCAACACCUUUUCUGUUUCCACUUAAACGUUGUUUUUUAACCAUUGAUUUUUUUCUUCUAUGUAUUGAAGAUUGGCGGAUGCCUCCAGUUAAACUACGCUUCUUUGCAUUUCUUGUAAUUCCAAUUAUAAAUUUUUUCAACAAA